UGGUUCUGAAAGAAAUGAUCUUGAUGGUGAAGUAGUGCUUGGUUUGAAAGAGAUGCUCGAUCAUUACAAUGUUUUGGUUAAGUCGUUUAGAAUGGCGCGGGAGAGGUUGAACCAACCCGAGCAUCGCGAAGUUAAGAUGCGACUUAUUGGAAGAAGGAAUAAGGAUGGUCGACGUUAUAAUUUACCGUCCACUUCUAAAGUUGCAGCGUUAGUUGUUGGCGAUUUCGAUGAUGCUAUGGGCAGCCGUGAUAUUAUAGUAGAAAAUCGGAGCGGACGUUUGCAGCGUAUCAACGAGUUGAACGCUUCCUACUUGGCUCUCCAUUAUCCUAUUCUUUAUCCAUACGGCGAGGAUGGUUACAGGGAGGACAUUCCAUUUUCAGUCCUAAAAUCGAUUACGAAGAGGUCGAGAAAAUUCAUCAGUUCGCUAGAGUUCUUCAAAUAUCGAAUGCACGACCGUGACAACGAAUUGUCUUCCAUCCUCUCGGCUCGGAGGUUGUAUCAACAGUUUGUUGUGGACGCGUAUACAAUGGUUGAAGGAGCUCGGCUAAGAUAUAUCUGUUUUAACCAAACGAAACUUAGAACUGAAUUGUACAGCCGUCUGAAGGAUGCUGUGUUGCGAGGAGACAUCGAUCCUGGUUCUCAAGGCAUACGGAUUAUACUGCCUUCGUCCUUUACGGGUGGCGCGAGAUAUAUGAUUGAGAACUAUCAGGACGCGAUGGCCAUAUGUCGGUGGACCGGUUAUCCUGAUAUAUUCUUAACCUUUACUUGCAACCCUAAGUGGCCAGAAAUCGGUCGUUUUCUCGAUAACAAGAAUCUCAAACCCGAGGAUCGUCCUGAUAUAGUAUGUCGGGUAUUUAAGGCUAAGUUGGACGCUUUGAUGAGGGAUGCCCGUCAUAACAAGAUGUUUGGUGACGUGAAAGCAG